AUGAAUCUACGAUCAUGGGCUUCCAACAGUCUAGAAAUACAGAAGUUAGCAGCAGACGACAAAGUUGCUGAAGAAGACGAAUCCAGCAAAGUGCUAGGAAUGCUAUGGAAUACAAAAUCAGACACGCUUACAUUCGCACAGAGAGAUAUUCCAGUCUUAGACAGUGUAACAAAACGAGAUAUAUUGAAGUUUUCCUCUCGCAUAUACGACCCUCUUGGCUUACUUAGCCCGGUGACCGUUCGCGCAAAACUACUUAUGCAAGAUAUUUGGAAACAGAAAGUAGACUGGGAUGAACCAUUAUCAGAUGAGUAUCUACAGAAAUGGAAUAUGCUAACAACAGAUUUAUGCUCUUGUCACGAUACCCAUCUCAGCAGACGAUAUUUACCAUCCAGCGACACUAUCCAACAGUCUUUUGAAUUGCACGUGUUUGUGGAUGCAAGCAUUCAAGCAUACGGAGCAGCAGUUUACAUUAGCAACAACAUACAAUCAAGAAUCGUGAUAUCAAAGAACAGAAUUGCACCAGUGAAGCCAUUGACCCUCCCGAAGCUUGAACUCAUGGCUGCAGUUGUAUGCGCACGCAUAGCUAAACAUGCACAGGAUUCAUUACAAAUAGAAAAAGUAACGUUUUGGUCCGACAGUCAGAUUGUUUUGAGUUGGUUAUCGAGCGAUAAACCAUUACAGCGAUUUGUUAGAAAUCGAGUCGAUGAAAUAAAGAGUUUGAGUGGCGACUUUCCUUGGCGAUACUGCCGUACGAAAAAUAAUCCAGCCGACUUAUUGACUAGAGGAAUCACAGCACGAGACCUAAGUAUGAGUACCCUGUGGGAAUCCGGACCUACCUGGCUUACAGACAAACUUCAAUGCCAACCUGGAACGAUAGAAAUUCUACAUCUUUACAAAAGAACACACAAGAGCUGA